AUGCCUCCUAGACGUGAGAAUCCUAGGCGCGAUAACGUUAACAUUGGUGCAGCUGAGUUAGCUCAGUUGAUAGCUCAAGCAGUGACUCAGGCUUUGCAACAAGCUGCGCAAAAUCAGGGAAACCCAGGAAAUAAUGAAGAGCAACAAAAUCAGCCUGAUGCACUAGCUUGGUUCGAUAGGUUUGUUAAGCAGAAACCGGAUUCUUUCCAUUCAGCACCACAACCUAUUGAUGCUGAAAAUUGGAUUGGUCAUCUUGAGAAGAUUUUUGAUGCAUUGGGAUGUGAUGACGCUACAAAGGUGAGGUUGGCUGUGUAUAAGUUAGAAGGGGAUGCUCAGAGGUGGUGGAGAGGAGUGAAGACUAUCAGGGGUGAUGCAUUUGUUGAGGCAUUGACUUGGCAGGGAUUCACAGAUUUGUUUUAUGAGCAGUACUUCUCAAAGGAAGAGAAGGAUGGUUAUAUGAGAGAGUUUAAUUCUAUUGAGCAGAAGCAUGAUGAGAGUAUCACUGAGUAUCUUGCGAGAUUUAUCAGGUUGGCGGGAUUUGCUGGGACUUCUGCAGGGACUGCAGAACAGCAGGCUGAAAAAUUUAAAUGGGGGCUGAAGUCGUCUCUUAGGAUGUCUAUCAUUUCUUCCAGAUUUCAGAAUGUAGCAGAGGUGGCUGAUGCAGCCAAGGAUGUUGAGAAGGAGCGUAUAGACUUCCGGACUAACAGAUCUAACAGUGGUCGUAAGAGGGGUGGAGAUGAUCAGCUAGUCCCAGCACAGGUAGACAUGGGUAUGAUGGUCAGAACAGUCGGUAUGGACAGUGGCGUGGACAAAACCAGAAUAGGGGAGGUCAUACAGCUCAUGGUCAGAGACAGAAUCAGUAUAGUGGUCAGGGACAAGCUCAGCAGGGGCAGACUCAGCAGUUUCAGCAGCAGCCUAGACAGUGGUAGAAUCGUCAAAGGGGACAGGGACAGGGACGUUAUCCAACGUAUGGGGGCAGCAACUAAUCCAGGUACUGUUUCCGGAACGGUUUUUGUGGGUACACGUGAUGCUUAUGUGUUAUUUGAUACUGGUUCGACUCGUUCUGUGGUAUCCCUAUCAUAUGUUCGUUAUCUUGGUGUCUUACCUUCAUUAUUAUCUCCGCAUAUGUCUAUUGCUACCCCUAUGAGGACUUCUGUUAGUAUUUCUGAUGUGUAUCGAGAGUGUUUGAUAGUUGUGGGGGAUAGAAAUUAUAAGGUCAACUUGCUUCUGAUGAUGAUGCAUGACUUUGACAUUAUUUUGGGUAUGGAUUGGUUGAGUGAGUAUAGGGAGACGAUUAAUUGUGAGGAGAAACGGGUUAUCUUUGGGGAUGUGAAUAAGCCAGAGUAUGUAUACCAGAGGUCUCAACCAAAAGGGGAGGUUAAGUUGAUUUCAGCUCCUAAGGCGAAGAAGCUCUUGUCUAAGGGUUGUGAUGGUUAUCUUGCUUUUGUAAGGGAUACAUCCAAGGUUGAGUCUCGUAUAGAGGAUUAUGCAGUUGUGAGUGAAUAUGCAGAUGUGUUUCCCGAUGAGUUACCAGGUUUGCCACCGCAUCGAGAAGUGGAGUUUAGUAUUGAACUUGUUCCAGGUGCAGAGCCUAUUUCUUAG